AACGGUCUUGCCACAGAGCACCGCGGAAGUACAUUUAACUAAGAAGUUUACGCCUCCUUCCUUACCGUGACGCCACGGCCGCCAAAUUUAAGCACGAGUAUCUUAGAAUGCAUGGAAUUAUAGAUUAGAAUAGAUGCAAUGAUUAGUAUAACAUAUCAUUAAUUCUUAUUUCACAUGAAAAAAGUUUGAGAUGGUUUCCAACAUCGUUACCCGGAAGUGCUGUUGUGCUAAAACAAAAAACAACCAUUGAUAGUGUUAAUACAAAAAAGCUCAACGAAAAAGUAAAUAUUUAAAAUCUUAAGGCGUGUUAUAUAUCUUGUAAAAGUUUUAGGUAUCCAAAAUUUGGCUUUUUGUGGCAGCAGUGAUAAACUUUAUGAAUAUGAGUAGUAUGCAUUGUAGUUUUCUUAAAUUAUAGAAUUUCUUUCCUUGUUUGAUCCAAUUAAUAAUGAACAUCUUAGAAGGAUACAAAAUGACAGUAAAAGACAUGUUCACUAUUUGAGAAAAAAUAUUCAAAAUGAACAUAUUUAAGCGAUAUCAAAUGUUAUCAAAGACAAUAUUUCAUGGAUUAAAAAAGUAAAGUAUUCUAAUAGAUAUCACAAAACAAAUGACCACCACAAUAAAAUUUUUAUUGAAAUUCAUCCUUUUAGUCUGUUGAUGAAGAAUUCCAUGAAAGUAGCAUGUUACAAGCAAAGAGACUACAGGUGAAUCUAUGAUCCGCAUAUUGAUGAAUCAGCUGAAAAAUCUUUUAUUGUAAUUGAAGACUUAAGAGAUCAGGGUUAUAAUAAUGAGAACAGUAUAAAGGGAAAAGAAAAAAGUCUGCAAAAAUAAAUUUUCGAUAUUAAUUUUUGCGCUUUUUACGUCUCUUGCAGCUCCCACACUCCCAUACUCCUUAUUUUGAAAUGAAUGCAGUGCUAAAAUAAAUGAAACUAUUGUCACCAAAAACUGCAAUAGAUCCUGCAAAACUUAGACUCCAGAGAGGUCUUUUGCGUCAGAAACAAGUUCCUAAGAAUUAAUUUGUAUUGGAUUUGAUGGGAAAAAAGACGUAACUUUUGUUGAUAAGUCUGGUGUACGUAGGAGCAUAAAGGAAGAGCAUUAUGUUACUGUAUCAUUGCCAAACUAAAACUGUAUUGAUUAUGUAAAGCCAGAAACAAGUUAGGCAGUUGACGUUGCAGAUGAGAUACUAUUAAUAAUUGCAAAUACAAGUUCAGCAAGUACCAGUUGUUUGUGACGGCGCAUUAAACAAUACAGGCAAAAGAAAUGGUGUGAUUCAAAAAUUAGAGAAAAGGAUCGCAAGAGCACUGCAAUGACUUGUUUGUCUGCUGCCGUGAACUGCCAUUUUGGAAAUACAUUUCUGAAAUUGAUGGAAGAUGUACAAGAGGUCCUAGUAGUUCCAGUGAUGCAAUUAGGAGUACAAUAGACUUUGAUUCUUUGGGUUUACUAAUUUUAAGUUUAAAGUUAUGCUAGGAAGGUGGUUGAGGUAAAUGAUGAGGUUAAAAACAAUCUAAGAACAGAUCAGAAAAAUUUUUUAAGAGCAUGUUUAGCAGUGCAGUAAGGUUAUCACUAGAGAUAGUGAUGAAGUUACAUCUUUACAGAACAUAAUGCCAGGAAACAUAAGCCAUGCUAGGUGGCUGACAAAAAUAAACAUAAUUUUUAGGUUGUAUAUGUCAAAAGAGGCCUGCUUCUAAUCACUCUACAAAAUUGUACGCUUUAUCGUAAAUGUUUACGCUCCGUCAUGAAUCAAUAUUGAAAGUCAUCUUUUUUUGCUCAUGGUGCAAAGAAUUUUUUAUUACUUGAUAAAGCAGUUUCAUGAGCUUGGAGCAAAAGAUUGGAAAAUAGUGGAACCUGUGUUGCAGAAAAACAACUACUUAGCCCACUGUGAAAACAUUCUACUUUCUAAUGUUUAUGACAAUGAUGACUCUAGACAAACAAAUUAAUUUGAGAAGUAGUUCGUGCAGUUCUUUUGUACGUGUUUUUGACAAGUCAAGCAUCAAGCUUAACACCAAUGCUUUGACUUACGUUGAUAUGAUUGUCUAGACUGCAGUCUAACUAAUUGCUAACUGCUAUUGAAAAUAAAAUUUUCAACGCCAUCAGUUUGAUUUCAUAUUUGGUAUACCCUGUCACUCUCAGGUAGUUGAGCGUGCUAUCAAAUAUAUCUCUGCAACAAGCUUAACUGUUUUUGGACAACGCAUGAGAUGAUUUUACAGGGUACUGCAUCCAGAACAGACUUACCUAGUGUUUACUAAACUACUCGUACAAAACAACCUAGUUAAAAUGUUUUGGAACUACAAUAUUCUCAUUUCAUUGCUAUUCUUAAUUACUAAAUCCUCGGCAGACUGGGACUGGAUUGGCUGCUACAAUAAAUCUAAAGAACUUUACGAUACAGAAAAUACAACCGUGAUAAUAGGUGGAAUUUUUCCUAUACACUUUUGGGAUCAAGAAAACAAAAAAUAUGUAUUAAAUAAGCCAGGGCUUUUAUGGGUUGAAGCAAUGGUAUUUGCAAUAAAUGAAAUUAAUAACAGUCCAUCUUUUUUACAGAAAACUAAAGUGGGAUAUCGCAUACUCGAUAGCUGUAAUGACAUAAAAAAAGCAAUGAAAUCUGCUCUAGAACUUACGCAGGGAUUUCCACCUGAUGGCAAGUGUCUAUGCAAUUCAAGUAUUUCAAAGGUUGUUGCUGUAGUUGGUGAUGCAGCUUCUGCAACAUCGGCAAAAGUAGCUGCAAUAUUAUCCUCAACAGUUACAACUCAAAUAAGCUACUCAGCAACAUCAACUGAUUUUAACGCUAAACAAGCUUAUCCUUCAUUUUUACGGACAAUACCUCCGGACAAUAUGCAAGCAUUAUUAAUUGUUGACUUACUAAUACACAAUAAAUGGACAUAUGUUAGUUUAAUUGCGUGCGAUGAUGAAUACGGUAGAGUUGGAUUUAGUGAACUCUUACAAAUAUUAAAAGAAGUAGAGGUGUGCAUUGCAGUUCAAGAAAUAUAUGAUGUAAAAAGUGACGUCAGCGAUCUAUUAACUAUAAAAGUUAUUGAGAAAAUUAUUCAAGAAGAAAAUGCAAAUGUCAUUGUCUUGUGGUGUCAGAGACCAGAAGCUAUAAGAGUCCUAAAAAAAGCCGAGUCACUGCGUUUACACAAUAAAACAUGGAUAGCAACAGAAACCUAUGGAAUGAGUGAAAAUAUUUAUGAUAUUGAUCCCAAUGUUGUCAGAGGAAUGUUUGGAAUAGUUCCAUUUCAAGCGUUGUAUGAACCAUUUGAAACCAUGUUAAAAUCUAUAACACCAUAUACUGUAAACAGAAAUCCUUGGAUUCAAGAGUAUUGGAGAGAAAAGAGUUGUGAUAAAAGUAGUGCGAUUAACUGCUCAAAUAUUAAUUUAAGCGAGCUUCCUAAAAGCAAAUACGCAGAAGUAAUUCAUGCAGUAAAGUCGAUUGCAAUAGGUAUACAAUUGUACGAGAAGUUAAACAACACAAAACCUAUUCAACCUAAAUUACUUUUCCCUUAUGUUAAAAAUGUAAGCUUUACAGGUUUAAAUAAUCUGACUGUGUCGUACGACGAACAAGGAAAUCCAGUAGUUGCAAGUUAUUCUAUCACAAACCUAAAGCAAAUUGAAAAUAGAAAGUUAAAAUGGCAGGUUAUUGGUUCCUGGAAUGACAAAUCAAGAGGUAUAAUUUUAAUUUCUGAUAGCCAAAUUGAUUAUGCUGGGGGCUCAUUAAAAGCACCUGUUUCAUCUUGCAAAGAAAUAUGCAAACCUGGUUUUUUUGCAUUUUCAUUUCAGAGUUCAUGUUGUUGGAAGUGCGUAAAAUGUACAAACGACAGUAUACAACCUAAAUACGGACAAAGUAAUUGCACUCCUUGUACUGAAAAUAAAAGAUCAAAUAUUAAUAGGACGGUUUGCAUUCAACCUGAAAGGUUGUACAUGAAAGCAAACAGCAAAGAAGGUGUCUUGUUAAUUACAUUUUCAACUAUUGGAUUUAUUUUUGUUUUAUUUGCUAUUUGGACGUUUUAUAAGUACAAAGACACAUUUGUCGUUAAAGCUUCAAACCGUAACUUAACUUUAUUACAGCUUGUAAGUAUCUUGUUCAUCAUAUUGCUUCCAUUAGUUUAUAUUCACAAAGAGAUUGAAGUUUAUAAAUGCGGUGGUCAACUAUUUUACUUUGUAUGCUUUAAUUCUAUUGCUAUAUCGGUAAAUUUUACAAAAGCCGACAGACUAUUGAGGAUAUUCAAGAAGAGUAAAUCAGGUCGUUUAACGAAAUUUAGCAUUUUAAAAACAAAUAAAGUACAGUUUCUGACUGUUGGCGCUUUAACAUUCAUAGGUAUUGUAUUAAGCCUAGUUUCUUUCUUUUCAUUUCCAGUCCAAGUAAGUUAUACUCAGAAAACACUUGAAAAUGACAAAAUGUUAGUUGUUUAUUACUGUGGUGGAUACUAUGACUCUAUUUUAUUUUUAAUGAUUGGUUAUGUAUCACUAAUAGCACUUGUGUGUGGAGUAUAUGCUUUCAAAGCCAGGAACAUUCCAGAAAUAUACAAUGAAGCUCGAUUAACUAGCUUAGCAAUGUUUGUAUUUUUACUGUCGUGGCUGAUAUUUAUUCCUUUGUACUUGAGUGCAAAUGGUGAACAGCAAAAACCUGAAAUUUUGUGUUUUGUCUCAUUCAUUUCUGUUAUAUGUUUUUUUCUUAUCAUGUAUGCUCCAAAAUUAUACAUCAUUUUCUUUAAAGCAAAAGAAAAUGUAAGAGGAAGAAUCAAAGUAAAAGUAGCAGAAUUUACAAAAAUUUCCAAUGAAUUUGAAAAGCUUUAAAAACUUAAAAUUUCAAAUUUUGCCCAAACAGUUAUAUUUAUUAAUGGUUUAGUUCGGUAAUAUUCAAUAAAUAAA